CGCCGAAAGUGAAGAAACUUAUCAUUUGUCACUUGCAAAAGGUGAAGAACUGAGUGUCAUGGUUGAAGACAAAUUAAGUGUGCACACUUUUGGUCAAGUGGAGAUCACUGAAUUCAGAAAUUCCUCAGCUAACACAUGCCCACAGAGUGAUGAAGUAGAUUGUCCAAUCCAAGCCAAGGGACUGAAGAAAAGACAAGCAACUACUAAGGGAAGAAGGAGGAUCAAGGGCGGGAUGGAAAAAUAUAUUGCGAAGAAGAAAAGAAUGCAAUCUAAGCAGGGUGAUAGUUUUUGUACUCUUGAAGGUCAAUAUGAGCCUCCUGUUGCCAUGGGUAAUAUUUCUAGUCAGGAUGGUUCUUUUUCUACUUAUCAAGGUCAAUCUCAACCUUCUUCCGACAUGGGUAAUCAUUCGAUACAGGGUGUUUACACUCCACAAGGUCAAUCUUGACCUCCUUUUGCCAUGGGUCGUAGUAAUUACGUUC